AUGUCUCAAGAAGGCAACAAAACGUUCAUGGCACGAGCGUCGCUGUUCGCAUCGCCAGCCGAUUCUGCAGCGGUUCCAAAGAAACGAGUGGCUCGCGAAGCGCCUCUCCCAGCUCCAGUUUUCCCAGACGAAUCUACUAUCCAACACGAAAGUCCUCAACGCUCUCACAAUCGUUCACAGAGAGCUCUACCAACAAAAGUCGUUGAACCUGCACCAGAAGUGAUAGCAGAUGCACCAGAGGCAGAUGAAGAUGAUGUCGAACCUAUGGAAGUCGAUACAACUGUUGUUCCAUCCCCAGAAAAAGCUCCUCAAUCUUCACCACCACGUGGCGAUACUCCAUGCUCGAAAUCAACUACUCCACGAAGAAAGUCUGGUCGCAAAUCGAUGCCAACUCCCGGGAAACGUCUAUUCUUCUCGAGCAGAGACACCGAAACAAGCGAGUGUCAUGCGGCUGACCAAUCGACCCAAUUAGAACUUCUGAUGGCGAAUAGUGGAAAUGAAAUACCAAAGGCAUUGAAGAACUAUAUUCAGGAUAGGAAAGAGAUGAGUGAAUACGACAUGCAGUUGAGAAGAGAGAUCGAGGAAAUGGAGGCAAUAAGAAAGUCGAGAGAGACUAUGCUCAAAAAUGCCACCGAAGUUGCCAGUAGAAGCCAUAUUCUAUCCACAGUCGUCCAAGAAAUUGCUCCAUUGGACCUCACACUUCGAAGAGAGCAAGCUCCAGUUGAUGUCGUAAAGAGACUUUACUCGAAAUUUUUGUCGAUAACCGAAGAAGCCGGACAGAAAAAAAUAGCGAAUAGGAAAGCGUUGAUGGAGAAAGAAACCACAAAAGAACUGAAAAGUCAUCUUGAACGUCUUGAAAAUAUUAAACAAGAGAAGGAUAAAUUCCAAGAGACAUUGCUAGAGAAAUAUGAGCAAGAAAGCACCAUUUGGAAUGAAACUGCCAAACAAAUGGAACAACUCGAACUCCUGUCGGAUUUCCUGAAGCCGCUUCCAAUCUUCUAA